UAAGCAUGUGGAAACCUCUCCCUAACAGACGCGUUUUUUUAUAUCACUCGUGAAACAAAUUCCUCUUUCAUUCUUCUCUCUUAUUUAAACACUUCUUCUUCUUCUUCUUCUGCCAUCCAUACCUUUAAAGCUUUAACCUUUUGACAUAUCCAUCCAUCUCUUUUUGUUCUUUUCUUUUUUUCAGUCUCUAAAAGGAUGGGCAGCCUUCAAAUUUGGCACAGAAACAAACACCUUUCAAUUCCCUUCCUCUUCUUCCUCUCUGUUUUCCUCUUCAUUCAUCUUACAUCCAUGGCUGAAGGCAGAGGUUUCCAGACGCCAUUAAUGGAGGACAGGAAGGUGGAGGAACAACCCAGCACGGCGGAGCUGGUGAGGAUGAGGAGGAGUCAGAUAGGGUCACAGCCACCAAGCUGCCGGAGAAGGUGCAGGGAAUGCGGCGGACCUUGUGAGGCAGUUCAAGUACCAGUAGCAGUACAUGAUUCAACACAUCAGAAACAGAGGAGAAGAACAAGAAGAAGAAGAAUAAGAAGCCAUUUCUCUAGUGAAGCUUCUUCUUCUUCUUCUUCUUCUUCUUCUAAACAUAAUAAGGUGGCUCUGUCUAGUGAAGAUGAAACCUCAAAUUACAAACCCAUAAGCUGGAAAUGCAAAUGUGGGAAUUUCAUCUUCAACCCAUGAUUUUGCUGUUCUUUCAAAAUUGUUUCAUUGAAUAAAAAUACAAACUUGUAAAGAUCAAAGAUCUGGAAAUCAUCCACUGUUCUUGAGUUUCUUUCUGUGUUUUUUCAAGACAAUUAGGCAAAGGGAUGUCAGGUGGGUGAGAAAAGUACAGAGAUUUGGUGAUUUGUGAAGGGAAAAGAGAACUGUUAAUGAGAUAUUUGAAAGUUUGAGAAGAGAGAGAAAGGGAGAAUUAUUAUGGUGAGAUUAAGAGAGAGAAAAUGAGGUGGAAGUGUCGUAGUGUCUGUCAGGUAGAAUUCAGACAAUUCUGUUCUUGUUCCUGGUUUUCGUAUAAUAUAAGAUUUCUGAAUCUGGAAAAAUCUCCAUGGCUACAGAACAGAGUAGCCUCAAUAAACUCAAUUCAUCUCUCCCUCUUCCCUAAAUAUGCUAUAGACUAUAGAUCGAGAGUGGGACAAGACCUCUUAUGCCGGAAAAGAAAGUUAAGUGGACUCCCGACUCUUUGCCGUAGAAAGGAAGGAGGCAUUGGAAAGACUAGACCAUAGACCUCUUAUGUCGGAAAAGAAAAUCAAGUGGACUCCCGACUCUCCGUUGAGAGCAAGAAAGGAAGGAGGCAUUGGAAAGUUGAGGCAUUCAGGAAGCAACUAGUCGCUUCUGGACAA